AUGCGAAAACGUUUUGUAAAAGCAUUCGUAAUGCAUUUAUUUAUUUAUUUGAAUUGUUGCAUUUGCAAAGAAAAUAGCGAAGUGAGUGCGAAAUUGAAGGGGCGAAUUUGUGCGUACGGCGACAUGGAUCGCGACUUGUACACUGAUUUGAUUGUUAAAAGCAAACAUUUCUUGAAGAUUUAUCUGCAAGGUGAAAAUGGCGAAUUUACUGAAUCUUCUCAGGCAAUUAACUUGGCUUCGAGCCAUGCAAUUUCAUGCGCCGUUGGGGAUUUUAAUGGUGAUUCUGUGCCCGAUAUACUAAUUAGCCGAAAAAAGACGAGUUUAAUUCCGUUUUUUUCUGGAGGCAAUAAUGGUUAUGAAGCGAUUGUUUAUAUAAAUAAUGGAAAUGGUUAUUCGGCUCAUAUUUUUAAUGAAACAUUUCUCGAUGAAGUUCCAGUUAUGGACAUAAAUGGUGAUGGUAUAAGCGAUAUAAUUGGUUUUCUUUUAGACGGUUCAUUAUUUUGCAGAUUGGGUGGUGUUCCCAGUGACUUCAUUCCUUGCGAGAGGAAUUUCAGGAAUUUCGAUAUCAAACCCUUUCCGAAUUUUUUACAUUCAUUUGUUGAUAUUACUGGUGAUUUAAGUGCAGAAAUUGUAUUCGGAACAGUUAUUGGUGGUGGAUUGAAAUUAAGCGUUUGGAGACGAGUCUCAAACAUACUUUGGGAACAUGAUUCGUCUUUCAUUCCUGAUCUUCCGAUAUCAUCUUGUAAGAACAAAUUCUAUGGUGCUGCACUUUAUGCUGAUUUUGACGCUGAUGGCCUUAUUGAUAUUGGAAUUCCUUGCUGUUCCGAUGAAAACUGUGCAAAAGUGGAAGUAAUAUUGAUGUGGAAUCAACGAUUUAAACAAUGGCAAGAUUAUCGUAUAUCUGGACUUGAGGGCUCAAAGUUGGUAUCGAAGAAAGAAGAGGGGAAUGUGGUAUUUAGAAUUGGUGAUUUCUCCUUAGAUGGUUAUCCAGAUCUUAUUGCUUUAAUCCGGGAAACGUCUCAAAAUCCGAUGAUUUUUGAAAAUGUACCCUGUAAUGAUUGCAUAUCAAAUGCGACAAGAAAAUUUGAAUUACGCACUAGUCCAAGAUUAAUUCAACCAGCAGAUGUAUCUCUCGGAGAAAUUCAAAUGGUUUCUUUUUUCGAUUUAAAAGAAGACGGCACUCUUGAUGUUCUCUUAGAAUAUCGAGAUGUAGAUCGAACUGAUAUGACUAUCGAUUUUAUUCGCUGUGAAGAUAAGGGUGACACGACGUUCUUGAAAGUUCAAGUCUUUUCAAGUGUGUGCCAAAAUAACUGUGGUUCUACAAAAACAAGAAUCGGUAGUGGAAUUGCAUGGCAUGGUGCUUGUACAAUGUUCAGUAUGUCAGGAUCAUGGGGCACAGAACAGCGUGGAAUUCAGUGUCAAAUGCCUCAAACUACUCAUCGUGCACUCUCUACACCUUUUGCCCUUUUUGGUCUUGGGCGAUCACCAAAUUUCAUCGAUUAUGUACACAUUGGUUCACCUCGCUUUUUACGUCUGCCUGGUCAUUCUGGAAAUCAGCACUAUGAUUUAAAGCAAAUUGUCCCAAAUUCGCGUUUAAUAGUGGUACCUCCGAAAGAUAAUAAUAGUCACUGGCAGAGUCGGCUUUAUCUUACACCUAGUCAGCUUAUAAUUCAAAGUCUUGCGGUUCUGGUUUCUGUUUGUAUAUUGUUAUUAUUCUUGGUCGCACUUUUACAUUUCCGAGAAAGGCGAGCUGAUGCUCACGAACGGCAAGCUCAGUCACAUCGUUUCCAUUUCGAUGCCAUCCGUUUUCUUCGAUGGCAGGAACUGGAAAAGGAGCAAAAGGAAUAUUUAGAAGAAGAAUCUAUCAUAAAAGGUCAAAUGUACAUGGAAACUGGAUUGUUCCUUUCACCUGAAAAGCGUGAAGAUGUUUUACCUAAAAAAGACAAAGAAGAUCAAACUCGAAAAGAUUCUCAAAUAGUACCUAUUGAAGCACAAGCAUUUUUUACUCAAAUGCGUUAUCUUGACCACAGUUUUGAUAAUUUACGCCGCUAUAAACGAUACAAAAAAUUCCAACUACUGCAGUAUGAUCAAAGAUUUAUUCCUGAAAGACAAUUGUUUCUUGGUCCGGAUCUCGCAGCCGCACAUUUUCUGGUUCACCGAGGUGCUGCUAUUAAAUUUAUUGGAGAUAAUAUAUGGAUUAAAAGGAAUAAAUUUGGGCAAUAUGAUUUACCUGGAAGGAAAGUGCCAGGUCUCUAUCUUGAAGCAAUAGAUGCCAGUGAUACUGAACUCAUGUUUGAAGGCUUUGAAAAUUUAAAUGAUUUACGUCAUGUUCGCUUAAUUCGAUUAGCUGGUUGCAAAUACGCAGAUGAUUGGAUGAUGAGCCGCCUUGGUACCAUGUUCUCUAAUUCAUUAGAAUUGCUUGAUCUUAGUGAUUGUGAUCGUAUAAGUGCCAAAGGUCUUGCUGGGCUUCGUUCAUUAAAAAAGUUGCGAUAUCUACGGUUGGAAGGAAUGGAUCACAUCAAAGAUAUUGCAAAAGUUGUGCUUAUUCUUGAGAAAUCUAUUUCUGGAUUAAAAGUUAUUGGGCUCGAUUAUGACAAGGCUUUAAAAACCCUUCAAAAUGAAUUUAAAUUGCUCGAAAAUGAUCGUGUUGUCAUUGAUGCUAAAGGAAAUGUUCACAUAGAAGAUGAUAAUGGACGCUUAUUCUAUGUUGCUGGGCGGGUAAAUGAACGUGCUGUGGUUUGUGAUGAGGAUAAACCGAUUAUGACUAGUACUAUUCGGCGGGAAGUACCAGAAAUGAGUGACGCUGAAUUUAACCGAUUGGAUGCUCUCAGUGGUGGUAAAUUGCGACACUUAUUGGUCGGUUCUCCCAGUGGGUAUUCUUGGACAGAACAGGUUGAAAUAAUUCUUAGCCAUGAGGAUUGGUGGAAUAGAAAGCAGGGAAUUCCUACCGAUCCAAAGCUUUUACCUAAAUCGUCGAGACCACUUCUCGUAGAUGAAAACGAUUCGCAAAAAAUUAUCUCGAAAUGUGAUCCACCGAAAUUAGGAGCAAAUGAUCCUGUUUAG